AUGCCUUCUUUAACGGAGUUGUUUGAGUCCUUGCCGUACAUCGAUCCGCACAUUACUGAGACAGAGCGGGCAAAAGCCACGGCGUUAAUUGCCCGACACCUCCCUCCAGACUAUCUCACCACGCCGCAUCCUGCUCUACCCCAUCUUGCUGCAGUCAACUUCUCCGACCUUUUCUCUCAAGAGAUUGAACGGGUCGGUGCGGGUCAGCCCCGCCAGGGAGGAAUUGAUCUGUCUCGCUACGAGGCACCCAACGAACCGGCCAGUGAGAGCAGUGAAGAAGUGAAGCGCCAGGCACUACGGAAUGCAUACGUCUCCAGCACGUUCCUGUCAGGUAGACAUACCAACCUCCAACUCCUGGACCAAUUCGGGAAGAAUGCUUGGCUGGUCGGCAAUUCCCAAGUAGAAGCAAUCCUGAAAGAUCUGGAAAACGAACUGGCCAGAGUCAAGGCUGAAAGCGAAAACGUCAACAGAGCCCGAAAAGUGGCACAAGAACAGGCAAAGGGAGAACUUAUCGGGCUUGAAGAGAAUUGGAAGCGAGGAAUUGGCCAAAUUCUGGAGAUCCAGGUUGCAACAGCUAAAUUACGGCAACAGGUUCUUGAGCGGCAACGCAUUGCUGCGGCUUCCGGCUCUUGA